CAUAGUUGAGACUUACUUGUGGGUGGUGGGAGGAGGCAACGGUGCAGACCAGCUUCCACCCGAUGGUCUUUUUUUAAACCUUCAACGCCGGGCGAGAAAUACAUAUCUAAACAUGGACCAGUAUAACGAGUAUUCCUAAGAAAUGUGCCAGUAUUAGUUAUUUGUCUACCCAUAUCAGUAGCUAACGGUUUCACUAUGCCCGAUGGACAGUGUUCUUUGAAGCUUUGCAGUUCCUGAUGCAGGCUUAUUUUUUUCGAUCUGGAAAUUUCUUGACGGGAAACCAAGAUUGGGCAGCUUGGCUAGCUAUCCCAGUAUUACCCUUUUCGCUGCAUCCCCGACUCAAAUGAUGCGGGUUAUGUCGUUGCAUUGAUUUUGCAUGACUAUAUGAUCUACUUUUAGCAUGUCAAUUUAAGUAUUUUUUUAUUCAAACAGUAUAUUUUAUGGGCUUAGCGGUAAAUCAGAAACAAAUAUGGUGAAUUGGGGGCGGCUGCUGCGGGUAUCGAACCGCUCCUUUUUGGCCUUAAUUUUUUUCUUCUCCAUGUCUACGACGUGUCUCUACUUCAUAUAUGUUGCUCCUGGAAUAGCCAACACCUACUUCUUCAUGGUGCAGGCCCAGGGUAUCAUGUUGAGGGAUAACGUGAGGACCAUUGGCCAGAUGAUCAGACUCUACACCAAUAAGAACAGUACCCUCAACGGCACAGAUUACCCAGAUGGCAGUAACUCCAGUGAAUAUAUGGUUCAACCAACCACAUACCUUCCUGAGAACUUCACAUACGCCCAGAACCUCCCCUGCCCAGAACGCUUACCUUCUAUGAAGGGUCCUAUAGAUGUGAAUAUGACUGAGAUUCCUAUGGAGGAGAUAGAUCUGAAGUUCUCUAAAUAUCUGAAUGUUCAGUUUGGUGGCCACUGGAAACCCAAGGACUGCAAACCACGCUGGAAGGUAGCCAUCUUGAUCCCGUUCCGUAACCGCCACGAGCACCUUCCCAUCCUUUUCCAACACCUCACCCCCAUACUGCAGAGACAGAGACUGCAGUUCGCAUACUACGUCAUCGAGCAGUCUGGGACGCAGCCCUUCAACAGAGCCAUGUUGUUUAAUGUGGGUUUCCUGGAGGCCAUGAAGGAUCUGGACUGGGACUGUCUGGUGUUCCACGAUGUUGACCACAUCCCAGAGAACGACCGUAACUACUACGGCUGUGGUCAGAUGCCUCGCCACUUCGCAGCCAAACUGGACAAGUACAUGUACCUACUACCCUACAGUGAGUUCUUCGGGGGCGUGAGUGGACUUACAGUGGAGCAGUUCCGCAAGAUCAACGGCUUUCCCAAUGCAUUCUGGGGCUGGGGAGGAGAGGACGAUGACCUCUGGAACAGAGUGCACUAUGCUGGUCUGAACGUCACGAGGCCGGAGGGAGAGAUGGGUAAAUACAAGUCCAUCCCACACCACCACCGAGGAGAAGUGCAGUUCCUCGGCAGGUACAAGUUACUGAGGUAUUCCAAAGAGAGGCAGCACCUGGAUGGACUGAACAACCUCAACUACACCCCUGAGAUCUCCCUGAGCUCCCUGUACAAGAACAUCACCGUGGACCUCCACCCUGACCUGGCCCCCAUUACAGACUACUGAACUCUGACCCCCACUGUCCCUGACCUCGUCACACCCCCUCACACUCCAACUGGGACCCCAAAGCAGGGCAGAGGGGGGCUGGGGGUGUGGUGGGAGGCACACCGUGUAACGCUGCCAAGAAACCUUACUCUGAAGAAAAUGUCCGGAAGGGACAUAGGGUCUGUUUAAUCGAACAAUUGUGUGUGAGGAUUGUGGAUGUUGAGAUGGGGUGUGUGUGUCUCUGCAUGUCAAUGUGUCCAUGCUGGCUUUAGCUAUUAAGCUACUUAACAUCAACAUGUCAUGAUUCAGUAUGAGGAGGGAGAGGCAGUGUUGUUUUCACAUCAGAUGUUUUACUGCAAAGCCUUAAAGUGUCAGGCUCAGCCUCAGAACCAUGGCUCUCUGGUUGCCUCCCAAACCACACCCUAUUCCCUAUAUAUUGUCCAGGGUCCUUAGUGCCCUGGUCAAAAGUAGUGCACUAUAUAGGGAAAAAGGUGCCAUUUGGGACUUUGCCUUUAUCUCACAGCUCAGCACAGUUUUCACUUUUAACGUCUCAGUACCAUCACCUUACAAGCCAACAGACAUUUUGUGUCUUCACUUUAUAUAAUUUUUACACCGUUCGUUUAAAAAAAACACAAAAAAACAUAUUCCAUAAAGAGGACAGGCGCUAAGUGAAGGUGACUUUUUUGUGAUGUACAUUUUCUAAUAUGGUCAAAUGUUUUUUUCCUUCAUUUUUUCCUUUUUUUUAACGGACGUUUUAAAGCACUAUCCUGUUUCUCUGUCACAUGAGUGUUUUGCUGUUCCUUUGUUGCACUGCUGACAUGCAUGAUGCACAGAGCACGUAUGUAAAUACUUGACUCUAAAAGCUCGAGCAUAGAACACGUAUGUAAAUAUUCAGCCUUUUAAACGCUCAGAGCCUGUUAGUUAUUAUUCCAGUGGAUUUGAAUUUUGUUUUGGCAGCUACCUUCCUGAGGACUUACCUGGUUCUUCCAUUUAAAUGGGAAGAUGUUCUAACAAUAGAUGGCUUAAAAAAGAAAAAAAUAUAUCAAUCUCUUAGGCUGACAUUCUUUUGCAUGCCUUAAUUUAUUUUAUUACAAGAUGUUUUUUUCCUUUAAUUGUAAUUUAUAUCAUUUUGAGAUGUUUAUAUUUUGUUCCAGUUUAGCCUUUUGUGUCUUAUUAUUCCCUCGGUGCACUGCGUGAAAAGACUAACUGACAUUACAUUAUGGAGUGUGCUCCUGUACAGAAAGACGGGUCAGAGGACUAUAGUAGCUCUUGUCCAAGGUGUUAUGUCAGGCUUGCUGAGCCUUCAACAGCAAGCUACCCGCAACAACCUGGAGCAGAGCUUAAGACUUAAGAUUCUAAAGCUGGAUGUCAUUUUUCCUCUGGUAUUUGUAGUCUGUUAUUAUGGAGGAGUUUAUACAGUGCGGACAGUGUGUUUGGUACAGGAUUAUGUUUCAAACGUGCGUGUGUGUGUGGCUCAUGUAUUAGGUAACUGGACCAUGUGUUUGAGCAUAUGUUAGGUGUCUUUUAAUGAAUGUGAGCUUGCAGAUUGGGCAGUGUGUGUGUGUGUGUCUGAACCAAUUAUUUAUAUAUACACUAGAUGACUGACGACAGGUGCUGUUUUGAAGCCACCACCCCUCCAUCUUGGCACUUCCCCUACAUCGCAAAACUUGUUUUUUUAAGCUGUAGAAAGGCAUUUAUGUUUAGCUCACAAUUUAAAAGUAUGCAUUAAGUGUGUAAUAGAGUAAACAUACAAAUAAUUUGUUUUCCUUAAAGUAUACUUUAUUGAAAGUUCUAAUGCUACUGUCCCCAUUACAACAAGAAAUACUUGUAAUUUUGUCCUUGAACCAUUUAAUUGAAAUAUUGUAGAAUUUCAUUCAUUCCUAUGGAGGACUGCUUCUUCUGUGGAGUGCCAAUAUUGCUGACCGGUGGCUUCAAAGCCUCUUACUGGCCAAUAGCAUUAGCAAUCCAGGGUUUGUAUACAUUAUUGGUCUGAACUGUGGUGUGUUCCUAAUAAGCUUGCAAGGCAUUGAGAGGGGCCAGAAUGAGAGAACAGCAGCUAAUGCUAACAGCUAGCCCUGUUCUUGAAUGGCCCAGACUGCAACUUGGGCCAUAAAGACUUGAAAUCCUUACAUUUUUAGCACUACUAAGAUUAGCAAGGAAAAAUGUAGGAGGUAUUUUCUUUUUUACAUGUUAGCGUUUUUUUCUUGUACAUUUAUGCAUAGAUUUACUUUUAUCUGUGUUUUUCUAGUGAUUUGUUCAUUUGUCAAAUGUACUUCUCAAGUAGAACUGCUCUAUCCAAACAACCCAGGUUUUCUCCAUCCCAGUACUGCAAGAAUGCAGGAGAACGAGAGUGUGAAUCAAACUGGGAUACUCCUGUCCUGCUCCAAACAUGGGCUUUGUUGGAAAUGGCACCCUGUGUCCUAUAGUGCACUACUUUUGACUGGACUCCUAUGCGUCCUGGUAAAAAGAAGUAAACUAUACAGGGAGUAGGGUGUCAUUUGGGACUCUGUCCUGUCACUCUUGUAGUGCUGGGGAGGAACAGUCAUUUUUGCUCAUAAGCUAAAGUGGUUAACAAAGCACCACGCUAAAGUCUGUGUUUGGUUUGGCUCCGACGUGGCUACAACGGUCACAUAAGACCUCAAUGGUGUAUUUCUGAUCAAUCAGAUGAGGCGAGACAGAAUAUAAAAAGACAUGGUAGUAAUGACAUUCUUUUGGAGGUGGUCAACUGUGCCAAAGUUCCACUUCUGAUACCCAUCGUCAUCAUUCUACCUACCUCUCUUCUGCACUUAUCUCUACUCGUCUUUCCUUCCUUUUCAUUCUACUCCCAUGAGCUCCUCUAUGGUGUCUCAGUAACUCGUCAGUGUUGAGAGAAACCUGACAGACUAGUGUUUAUCAUAGGGAUCAGGGUUGAGGUAUUAAGAGCCAUAUAUCUAGGAAAUACUGUAUACAACGUAUAUCUCUGUAUAUGGCUCUGGGUAUUCGGGGUAUAGGUCAGUGUUGGGGGCUUCUCUUGUGCUAUGCCUUAUGCUCCGUAACAGAUUUUUGCAUAGGUGGAUAAAUGCUCUCGUUGUUUUUAUACAUUGCAGAAGAUGUGAGCAGCCUAGCUGUCGUCUCUCUUGAGGGCAUUAUGAGUUACUGUAGCAGAGACACUGAGUCAGUGGCUUCUUUUUCUGGAUCCCGUCAUCUUACUUGCUACAAAGGAUCCGCUUCUUUUUAUCUAAUCCUGUUAUAUUGUGUCUCUCACUCUGUUCAGGGAACAGUUUGAAGAGAUUAAUUAUGGAAAGCAUCCAUCACUGGAGCUGGUCUAGGAUCAGUAUUCUGUCUGUGUCCCAAAUGGCCACACCCUCUGUUGUACAUAUUUAUUGUUAUUGCCUCUGAGGGGAGUGGGGGAGGGAAGGGUAGGUUAGGGAGCUGCCGGGCAGUGUGCUGGCUACACCCGGUCACAAGUGGUUUGGUUUACACCCCCAGCCUACCUGUGAGGAGGGCAAGGACCUCCCCUCACCCUUCCUACUUCCUCUAUUGUUUUUCUUUUUUUUCAAAUGACUAUAUUCACCACUACACAAUUGGUAAUGUGGACAAUUACAUUUUUGCAGUAUUCAUAUUUGUGCCUUUUUUAUUUUUUUUGUCGGUUUUCACUUUGCAUUCUUGCUUGAAAGAUACAGUAAAAGUUUGGAUUGUUUUUGAACUGAAGUUAGUGCACUUUUUUAUUUUUUAUUCAGUUUGGAGCUCUGAUUAAGACGCACAAUACGUUUCCAUGACAAUGGGCUGAGUAGGUGUGUAUCAAUGAUUGUCUGUAAUCAAUUUUUCUGCUGUUCAGAGGUCUGGCUGCUUAGACCAUGUACAAUCCUCAGCUCUCCAGUCUCCUCAAUAUGCUCUGUUCUGUUUGAACAAAGAGUUAUAACUGGAGCCAGAGGGCAGACUCUCGCGUUACUACCGUCCGCCAGGAAGUGCAGGAUGACGCAGAGGAAGUAGUGACUUUUUUAAAUUGCAGUCUGUCGGAUUCGUGUCAUCUGGUCUACAAAUCAUAAAUUCUCAUUUGAGGUCAGGCAUAUUCAUUUCGACUUUGUGGGUUUGUAAUUUUUAGAUUGUUCGGAGGAUACAUUUGUGAAAAUAUAAAUAAAGACCUUAAUUCGUUGUAGCGCCUACUCAUGCGCCACACACCUUCUCGCAGUUCUGUCUUGUUCUGCAAUUUCUUUGCCUCUAGUCAUGUGCUAUAAUUACCCCCAGACAUCAGACAACUUUUUACAUGGUGAAGCCGACCGGUUAGCCAUCUUGUCAAUCUUCCACAAUCUUUGGUAUAACAGCCAGUAAAAGAGUACUAGAGUUGAACUGUUAGACUUUGUAAAGUUGUUUUUCUUUUUGUCAACAAAAGAUGAAUAAACAACUUAAUUGACAGGUUCUGGGAAACA